AUCAGAUGCCGGCGUAAGCCAUUGCUGCGCGAAAUGUGUUGGCAGAUUCGGCUUGUAAAGCACGCCACAUGCAAAAGGCGCCUCAUUGUUCCUGACAAGUUCCAUGCGCCAGUAAAAACAAGAGAGGACAGACGUCGACUGGAACGCGUGAUACAAAAGAUACGAAUCUUCAAGACACCAUUUAAUCUGGCAGACAACGCUGGAAUAUACAAUUCAAAUCAG